UUGGUGGAUGUGUCUGCAGCUUCUUGUGAUUCGUGGAAUACUGUUAGCCCCGCCCUUCAGCCUGGUGUAUAUAUAGUGUGUGUUGAGGGAACUAUGUCAGCAAUCUCACUCGGGUUCCCUUAAUACACUUUGUGAGGCUCACCUUAACACUAUGCGUGAGUGUAUCAGCGUGCACAUCGGGCAAGCGGGCGUGCAAAUCGGCAAUGCCUGCUGGGAGCUCUACUGUCUCGAGCAUGGCAUCCAGCCCGAUGGUUCUAUGCCCUCGGACAAGACCAUCGGCGGUGGUGAUGACUCUUUCAAUACCUUCUUCAGCGAGACGGGCGCCGGCAAGCAUGUUCCCAGAGCUGUCUUCGUGGAUCUUGAACCCACUGUCGUCGAUGAAGUGCGGACAGGGACAUACCGGCAGCUGUUCCACCCAGAGCAACUCAUCACAGGCAAGGAGGACGCAGCCAACAACUACGCUCGUGGACACUACACAAUUGGUAAAGAGAUCGUCGACCUGGUGCUGGACCGCAUCAGAAAACUGGCAGACCAGUGUACGGGGCUUCAGGGCUUCCUUAUCUUCCACUCCUUCGGCGGCGGCACUGGUUCUGGUUUCACUUCCCUUCUCAUGGAAAGACUCUCUGUCGACUACGGCAAGAAAAGUAAACUAGAAUUCUCAAUUUACCCCGCCCCGCAGGUGUCAACAGCUGUAGUGGAGCCUUACAACUCAAUCCUAACGACCCACACAACACUCGAGCACUCUGAUUGUGCCUUUAUGGUAGACAAUGAAGCAAUCUACGACAUCUGCCGCAGGAAUCUCGACAUCGAACGCCCCACUUACACUAACCUGAACAGGCUGAUUGGUCAAAUUGUUUCCUCCAUCACCGCCUCUCUCAGGUUUGAUGGUGCUCUCAACGUUGAUCUGACAGAAUUCCAGACUAACCUGGUACCCUAUCCACGUAUUCACUUCCCUCUAGCUACCUACGCCCCGGUUAUCUCUGCUGAGAAGGCUUACCAUGAGCAGCUCUCGGUGGCAGAGAUCACCAACGCUUGCUUUGAGCCCGCCAACCAGAUGGUUAAGUGUGACCCCCGCCACGGCAAAUACAUGGCAUGUUGUAUGUUAUACCGCGGUGAUGUUGUUCCUAAGGACGUCAACGCUGCCAUCGCCUCCAUAAAGACAAAGAGGACAAUCCAGUUUGUAGACUGGUGCCCCACUGGCUUUAAGGUUGGCAUAAACUACCAACCACCUACAGUGGUUCCUGGCGCUGACCUGGCUAAGGUAUCUCGCGCUGUGUGUAUGCUGUCAAACACUACAGCCAUCGCUGAGGCAUGGGCUCGUCUCGAUCAUAAGUUUGACCUGAUGUAUGCUAAGCGAGCCUUCGUCCACUGGUACGUUGGUGAGGGCAUGGAGGAGGGAGAGUUCUCAGAGGCUCGGGAGGAUCUAGCCGCUCUAGAGAAAGACUACGAGGAGGUGGGCGUAGACUCUACUGAAGCAGAAGAUGAAGAAGGCGGCGAAGAGUACUAAAAUGAUGGUAAAGGAAGACUACCAAAAAAAAAAAAUAAAAUGGCUUUCAAAGAUGAGUUAAUGAAGGUCUUGCUCUAGACUUGAAGACUCUGAAUGUUUGUCGCUGUCUCUACCCUGAACUAAUUAAUGCUCAAUAAGUACUGCAUGGAACUCAAACAUUAGAUACUUAAGCGAAUGAAUGACUUAAGUAAUUUAAAUAUGGCACCUAAUUCUUUCCAUAAAAUUAGUGAAAUUAAUAGGUCAGUAUCUUUACUAGUCAAGUUCUAGUAAUCACUGAAGAGUAGUUUGGUUGACACGUAACCUUGAGUGAGUUUCUAGUCUGAUUUAUCUAGUCAGGUGGAGAUGGAGUUCCCACACUGGAGGCGUCCGUCCAUAUCUCUUGUCUCUACUAAAAAAAAAAAAUGAUUUUCCGACUCUUAUUGGAUGCCCAAUAAACAGUAACAGAUAAA